CUGUUAUCUGUUUACCUUUAGAGGAAUACAAACAGCAGUGAGCGUGGGGACAGGGGUUGUGUAUCUGAACCAGAGACUACAGGAGAGACGUGAGGACCGUCUGUACAAGGAUGGAUCACAUGCUGGCUUUGUUUCUGCUGUGUCCAUUUGUAUUUCUUUCUGCUGUGACAUCUCAAAAUGACAAUGUAUGUUCUAGGCCUCAGCUGGCUGCCAACAUUGAGAUGGACGAAAUCCAGAGGUUCUUUAAUCCUGGCGCGGUGUUAGCGCUGUCCUGUAAACAAGGAUACACCCCAGUGUUGGGCCCUCGGACGAUUGUCUGCACCGACAGUGGACAAUGGGCAAAAACCAAAUUAAAAUGCAUACCAAAAACGUGUCCCUUUCCUGAUCUACUGUCUAAUGGAGAGAUAUACUAUGAAGAUACAGUGUACCAGAGUACGAUCAACUACACUUGUCAUGAAGGGUUCGUUUUGACUGGAGCCAGCACUGCUGUGUGCCAAGCCAAUGGAACAUGGAGUGCACUGGUACCAGAGUGCAAGCCUGUGUCCUGUGGUCUUGCGCCGAUCCCACAGUUUGGGAUGAUAGUCUAUGACAAGUUGAUCAGAGGGAACACCACUGAUUAUGGCGUCACAGGGACGUACAAGUGCCGACCUCCAUAUGUAGUAAUUGGCGACGCAAGAGCAGAGUGCACUGCAAGUGGCACCUGGACCAAGACACCUGAAUGUCAAGUGAUGACCUGCCCUCCCCCAGAAAAUAUCUACAAAGGUUACAUGUCAAACAAUGACGACAGAGACUACGACUUCAUGGAAGUUAUCAGAUAUGGCUGCCAUGGAGACUACGUAUUGGAAGGAAGUCUGCAGAUUGUUUGUCAGCAGGAUGGGAGCUGGUCUGAAAAGCCAUCCUGCAAAGCUCCUUGCAGUGUUGACAUACAGAGAGGAAGGAUAUUAUACAAAAGACAAAAACUCUGGAUUGAAAACCUGCGCCCCAACAGAGUCUUACACAAGGACAUUGUCUCUGUCUACUGCUUGGACAAGGCCAGGAAUUGUGGCUACGCAGUGCCAUCCCAGUGCAUCGAUGGGAAACUCAAAAUACCAGAGUGCUUUGAAUUGCCCGGUGCCGCUGAAUAUCAGUUACGUUCAGGUUCACUUCCAUCUGAAAUUGAUCAGUGCUGAAGCAGCAGCAGAUCAAAUCUCCGCUGAUGAAUAAAUCACUAUUAUGGAAGUGUUGGAAUGUUCUGACCUCUAAAUUUAAAGAAUAUGAUCUCACUCAAGACAUAUUUUUGUUGUAUGUAACACAAGUUCAACAUUUCAGACAUUUUACCGACCACUGUCCUGAUUAACAAAGUGUAUUAUUCAUACAUAGUCAGGUAAAAGGCUCCCCCAGCCAUGAAAGACGCACAAAAUUAAAAAGGAUGCAACAUC